CCUUUCCACACUUUUUUUAAACGCUACCACUUUUUUUAUACUCACCUUUUAAAAAUGGUUGCCUUUUAAUCUCUUUAUCCUCUUUAUCCCUUUCCUAUCUUGAAUCAAUUUUAUAUUUGUUAAAUAUUGAAUCUUUUGUUAAAUUUGUUAAAUAUGCUUUUUGAUUGUCCCCCAAAAAUGCUGCUCUUUAAUCCUCGUCCCAGCAAGCCAUUUUUCUCUUAUACUACAGACGAACCCUCUACUUGUAACCGAAAGAAAACCAACUCUACCAUCAACCACCCAGAAUAAUACUACUACUGCUACCAAGCUACUUCUCCCCAAAAAAAAACAACCCAAAUAACUGAAAACCAAACAAAUGACCUACCAACCAAACUAUUUUAAUGGAGAUUAUUCCUCCAACCAAUUCUCUCAAGUGUUAUUUAACCCUAUGGAGGAUUGGUUCAAUCCAACCGAUUCCAAUUCUGAUUUACUCUCCAAACAAACCGAUGCUUUUCAAGAUCUCUUUCAACUUUUACCCAUCUCUCCUCCUUUAACUGCAAGUCCUGCUGUAUCUGUCGGUGAUCAUGAUGCUCCCUCUGUUGAUUUAGUCGCUCUCUUCCCAGACAUUCUAAACCAUCAGAGUCCUAAACCAGUCCAGGUGCAACCUCAACCUAUCCAUCAGCGUCGCCCCAUUGCUAUCAUGCCUAAGACUGCUAUUCCUAUUGCACCUCGACCUGGUGCCUUCACACCCACCAUGAACACCACUAAACGCAAGCUGGAGAUUCAACAAGACAGUGAUGAAGUAUCUCAAAAACGCCAAAAGAAUACAGAUGCUGCUCGUCGUUCUCGUCUCAAGAAGAUUGUAAAGAUGGAAACCUUGGAGAAGCAAGUUCACCAAUUGGAAUCGGACAAUUCCCGACUCACGACCCGUGUUGCCGUGCUCGAGUCGGAAAAGGUGGCUCUUCAUGCCAAAGAUGUUGGUCUUGAAGACCGCAUUCGUGUACUUGAAGCUCAAUUAGCUGAAGCUCAUAGAGCCCUUACCUCUAAAUCUCAAUAGAUUUUUUUUUUCUCAUUUCACUAUUUCUCAUAUUUCACUUAUCAAAUACACAUUUCAAAAAUAAAUAUAUAACAUUUCCUCUUUUUUUUUUAUUAUAACUAAAAAUCUACAAAU